UUCCUUUCAUCAGCCGCUUUGUAUUUUCUCAAGGAAAAUCUUUUUCGGUUUCUUCAGUAACGGAAAAAUGGUUUCCGACUUGGACCUCGUGACCCGACUCCAAGAAAUUCUCCGUAGCUCCGACCUACAUACGGCGACUCCGGCAAGCGUCCGUCGUCAGCUGGAGGCGGAUUUCGAUGUCGAAUUGACAGAUAAGAAGGGAUUCAUCAGGGAUCAAAUCGAUGCUUUUCUCGAGAGCAAUGGCGGAGUAGAAGACAAACCAGAUAGCCCUAAAGCAGAAGAAGACGAAAAUACCGAUGAAAUGACUCAACCCAAGGCUGAAUUUGAAGGAGGCGAUGACGAAGACGACGACGCCGGAGAUGCAAGUGAUAGCAAUGAAGACAAGGAAGAACGGCCAGUAAAGGCUAAGAAACGUGCUAGUGGAUUCACCAAAGUAUGCCAGCUUUCUCCACAACUUGAGAAGUUUCUUGGAACAUCUCAGCUAGCUCGAACCGAGGUUACUAAGAAAUUGUGGGCCUAUAUCAAAGAGAAAGAUUUGCAAGACCCAAAGGAUAGAAGGAAGAUAUUGUGUGACGAGUCGCUGCAUUCGCUGUUCCGUGUUAAGAGCAUUAAUAUGUUUCAAAUGAGCAAGGCAUUAACGAAGCAUAUUUGGCCCUUAGGUGAUGGAGAUGGAUGUGUAAACAGUGUGAAAGAAGAAGAUGAGGAUGAAGAUGAAGAUGAGGCCUCAGGGGAAAGAGAUAAGAAGGGGGAGGAAAACGAAGAAGUAGAAGAGGAAAAUGAAGAAGAAAGUGAAGAGGAAGUUAGGAGGACUUUACGAAAACGCAAGAGAAAAAAACCAGUCAAGUCGGUGGAUAAGCCCAAGAGAAAAGGAGGAGGUGGCUUUGCAAAAGUUUGCAGCCUCUCGCCAGAGCUUCAGGCUUUUACUGGGGUGACAGAAUUAGCCAGAACAGAGGUUACGAAAAUGCUUUGGAGCUACAUAAAGGAGAACAAUUUGCAAGAUCCAAAUGAUAAACGGACAAUAAUAUGUGACGAAUCAUUGCGAUCUCUGUUCACUUUCGAGUCCGUCAAUAUGUUUCAAAUGAGUAAACUUCUAACCAAGCACAUAUGGCCAUUACAGGAUAAUGCAGGAGAAUCAGUUGGCUCUAAAUCUCCAAAAAAUGGAAAGCAAGAAAUGGAAACAGACGGAGAGAGUGACGAACCAAACGAGAAAGAUAAAAAGCAGAUUAAGGAAGGUUGCGUUCUUCUUGCUCCCCUCCCACUUUCAGAUGCUCUUGUCAAGUUCUUUGGUAAUGGAGAAAGCUCGUUGUCAAGGGCAGAUGUGGUAAAGAGAUUGUGGGAGUACAUAAAACAGAAUGAUCUUCAGGAUCCUUGUGAGAAGAGGAGAAUCAUAUGCGACGAGAAGCUGAAAGAACUCUUUGAAGUUGAUUCAUUCGAAGACAUAUCGGUCUCAAAACUUCUGACUAACCACUUCAUCAAGACCGAACAAUGACACCUCUUAAUUUCUGGUAGAAGUUUUGACAUAGGCAAAAUCUAGUUCACCAAAAAGUCGGCUUGGAUCAGUAAAGAUAGCCAUGGCCUUGAUUUAGUCUCCUUCAGUGGUAAGCUAAAGACUAAAAGGUAUCGGUUUUGAGACUUGUAAGCAAGGCGUUUUCUAAAUUUGCUUGCAAGUGCACGCUUUUGAUAUGUAGUAGUGAUACCAGAAUGAAUAGUUUUGAGACCAAAACAAUUGUUUAAAUCAGUUCCUUUAUUUUGGUCCUA